AUGUUGUAUGGAGAAUGUACGAUUACACUUCAAGAUGUAGCUAUCCAAUUUGGACUCUCGAUUAAUGGAAGACCAUUGAUCGGGUCACCAGAUUAUGAUUGGGAACAACUUUGUGCCUUUCUUUUAGGCGUAACCACGAAUGACGUUGUUCUUAAGGGAGGUCGUCUUAGCCUGCCAUGGUUAGCCGAUCAAUUCGAUAACUUUGCCCAUCUACUAGAUAAUGCAGAUGAAGAGGAACUGCAACGAUAUGCUCGAGCAUAUAUUCUCACGUUGAUUGGAGGAUUGGUAUUUCCCAACAAAUCCAACAGUAGAGUGCACCUAAUGUAUCUUCCUCUCUUAAUAGAUUUUGAUGUUACCGAGACUUACAGUUGGGGGGCUGGAUGUCUUGCAUGGUUAUAUAAGCAACUAUGCAAGAGUGCAGUUAUAGAUGGCAAAGACAUUGUAGGCCCACUUCUAUUGCUGCAUAUUUGGGCAUGGGAUCGAUUUUCUCUUUUAGCGCCUCGACGACUCCAUCCAUAUGAGAACAACUUAAGUGACAGACCACUUGCAGUACGUUAA